AUGUUGUGUAGAGUGACUUUCUUGUUUAGUUUUAUUAUCGGAUUGGAUUACAAACUUACGUUUGUUAAUGCAUCCAAGUUAAUCAUUCUGCUUGUAGACGGAUUCCGUUGGGAUUAUAUAGAAUCUUAUCAUGAUUUACAACUGAGAGGAUUUUCUAGGUUAGUCGACAAAGGAGCCAGGGCUGAAUGGAUGGUACCAGCUUUCCCGACCAAUUCUCUACCCAACUAUAAAUCGCUAGAAACAGUCUGUAUGUCGAAAGUCAUUGGCGUUGUUGGAAAUUUCAUUUAUGAUAGUAAACAUGGGGAUAAACUAGAAUAUAUGCUCAGCGAUGAUGCAAAAUGGUGGACAGAGAAACCCUCAUUCUUUGUCACUGCUGAAAAACAGGGCAUACGGACUGGCCUGUACAAUAUGGGUGGUUGUUAUUUAGAGUUUGACGGUGUUAACGUGUCGUAUUGCUCACCGUAUCAAGAUUCUAGUUCUUUCAAAGAUUCCCAGAAUGCAGUUCUAGAUGCAGUCCGUCGUAUCCACAGUGGAAAAAUUGAUAUCGCAUAUAUAUUACACGCUGAUGUUGACGCAAUUGGGCAUUCGUUUGGACCUGGUUCCCCACAGCUAAAACAAGCGGUUAAAGAUACGGACGAGCUGAUUUCAAGCGUUUUCCAGUAUUUGGACACAAAUCAUGUGACUGAUGUUAACAUUAUGGUUUUGUAUCGACCAUGGGAAUGGCCAGCGUUAAUGAUACAAACAUUAUUGACAUCAAGUCCCACGUGGUUCCGAUAUGAAUGA